UCAAACUAACUUCACUUUCACUUCAACACUUACACAUAAUACAAAAAUAACAACCACACAAACCACCUAUCAAAAAUCCUUCACAAGUCCCAAACUUUCUUCAAAAUUCUUCCACCCUUUUCUCCAUUCUUCACAAUGCAAUCACAAUCUAACUCACCCAUCAAACCAAUGAACUCCCUCACUCAAAUCUUCCAAAACAUUUUCUCAGAUAACAGCAACAUCAUGCUUGCUGCCAUCAUUUCUCUACUACUAGUCAUUCUCUUUGUUCUCCUUCUUCAUCUUUAUGCCAAAUGGUUCUUAGCUCAAGCACAUGCUCAAGCUCAAGCUCGCCGCCGACGUCGCCGGAGAACAACUGUAACCGUCUCUGAUGUCCUUGGACCUGCAAGGUUCCAUCACUUCCACAGCUUCAACAUUGAGGACUCGCCUCUAUCUAGCUCACACACCAAAGGUCUUGAUUCUUCCAUCAUUGCCUCAAUUCCUUUGUUCAUUUAUACACAAACGAAUGAAAGUGAGCAAGAAGAAAAACUUGAAUGUGUGAUUUGUUUGAGCGGUUUUGAAAAUGGUGAAAUGGGAAGGUGUUUACCGAAAUGUGGACAUGGUUUUCAUGUGGAGUGUAUUGAUAUGUGGUUGAGUUCACAUUCCAAUUGUCCAAUUUGUAGAGCUUCAAUUGUUAUUCUACAGAAUGAAGAUUCUUCAGGUGUUGUUGAUGAUUCUUGUUCUGUUGAAAUUGUGAUUGAUGGAAGUUCUAGCUCUGAGAUUAGAGAGAAUGAACAAGGGAAUGACAAUGAUAAUGGAACUGGAAGGGUAAGUGAUUCUGUUUCAGAUCAAACUCCAUCUUCAUUGUUUGGUUGUUCUUUCAAGACAGUUUUCAACAAAAUUUUCACAUCUUCCAAUGUUAUUGAAUCACAAUCUUGAGAUAUUACAUACAUAAUCUUGUCACUCAAUAUCUAUAUAUUUUGUGUAUAUUACUAAGAAUGUUCCAAUGUUAUUUGUUCUGGUGAGCCUAAAUUCAACUAAUGAAGUAUCCAUGAUUACAAGUUA